GUUCUCUCGCCGACGAAGCAGAGAGCUUUCAUCAUUCUGUGGUGUUGGGUAGAAACUGCCAAGAUGCUCAUUCGAACAAAAAAGUAAUUAUAAAUACUCAAGUGACGCAACUGAUACAAAUCGGACUUCAAAAAAGAAGAAGAAGAAAAAAGUAACUCCUGCCCAAAAAUAUAAUAAUAAUAAUAAUAAUAAUAAUAAUAAUUUAGAGAAAAUGGCCAAAGAAUACAAAGUGAAUCCCUCCUGUGCUUUGGCAAUGUUGGCGCUGGGAUAUGCCGUCAUACUCGGGCCUCUGCUUCUCUACUACAUUCCCACGGGUCGCAAUGGCGUUUUCUACUACUUUUACAACAGCACGGACGGCGAGAGAAUCCCCUUCCUCCCCACCGCCGAGGGUCUGUCCGAAGUGCCCAUUUCGUCGAGCUCUGACGUCACUCUCAUCAUCCACGGCUUCAGCGAGUCUUCACACCGCCCUUGGAUUCACAGGCUUACUAAAGCCCUGAUAGCGAGAGGCGAAGGGAACCACGUAGUCCUCGUGGUGGACUACUGGGACCUUCACAGCCUCAACUACCUCGUCAUGAGACACAACGCGAGGAUCGUGGCGGACCUCAUCGCCGGCCUCAUCGACGACCUCGUGCGGGAGAACGAGAUGGACCUAGCACGCACACACGUCGUGGGCUUCAGCAUGGGCGGGCGUAUCAGUGGCAUGGUGGGCCAGCGCUUGAAAACAGGCACUUUAGGCAGAAUCACAGCGUUAGACCCUUCCUUCCCCUUCCUACACCCCGUGGACAACGCAGAGCAGCUGGACUCCUCAGACGCGGACUUAGUGGUCAUCCUAAGGACGUCGGUGGUGUCCUACUUCAACCCAAAAGGACACGUGGAUUUCUCCCCCAACGGAGGCAUCGUCCAACCAGGCUGCGACAUCUGGUUCUAUCCGAGUCCAGUGCAACAGGGAUGCAGCCACUUCCGCGCCGUGACGUUAGCUCUCGAGGCAGCGCAGAUGGGAGGCCAAGGCGUGUUUCCUUCGUGCAGCUGCCAAGACUGGGAGAGCUUUGUCAAUACUUCUUGCCCCUGCAGUGACACUAGCAAUUUCUACCUCACACAGUAUGCUGGGCCGAGCGGUCACUUCUUCCUGCACACGAGCUCCGACCCGCCUUACACACUCCCUCUUCGGCCGUAGCGAAGUUGCCCGUCACCAAGACUCUCUGCCUCCGUCUUUUACACAGGCUGCGUUUCAGUGUCUUCGAAUUGCAAAAGCUUCCGAAAGCGCUUCCUCACUACCUCACUGUAUCUUGGUUAGCUGUGGGUGUAUUAAAA